UAACAAACGCAUCUACAGACUUGAUAAUAGGUUAUGUUUAUUUCAGCACUGAAUUCAGCACUUUGACAUUUAGCUCACGAUGCCUUCGGGCUCGAUAGCACGAGCCAACGUAACAAAAUGCUGCAACUGUGUUGCACGCGUGAAGGACAAAAAUAACUACUGCUUAUUUUCACGGAAGUGACAGUUAAAGCUAAAGAACUAUUGUUAUUGUCAGUAUUAGGCUGCUGAGCUAGACACACGAGACAACAGUAUGUAAAAGCUUCAGCGAUCACAUUUACAAGAAACAAUAGGGGAUAAAGCAAAAGGCAGACCUAUCUAUAGUCCUGAAGACGGAAAAAAAAAAAAAAGAAUUUCUUGCGAACUGGCAAGACAAAGCAUGGCGGAGAGAACGCUACAGUGCGUGAUUUUUUCGUACCCUGAUAAAACAACACUUAUCCAAGUAUGUCACUCUAAAUCUUUAUCUCGAUUCGCAGACUAGCUAUCCGUGGCCAUGAGCAAUGUUCAGAGUGGCAACUGCAAAGCACACAUAUCAGGCGGUGAAUCGAGAGCAAGAAGAAAGGGGGAAAAACGCGGACGCAUUCUAACAAGCUUGUAGGCCACGAAGAGGGGCUCAGCGACCCUCCCGAAAAAAAAAAAGAAAAAAAGGAUCUGUUCCCCUCUCCUUCCUGCACCCAAGAAAGGACGGGCCGAACAAGCAAAUAAAAAGCGUAAACACGGGCGAGGGGGUGGGCCAAGUUUGCGCUCCACAACAGGAGAGAGGGCGAACGACGUCCGUCGCCGCCGCGAGAAGAAACUGGCUUCGCCCUGGGAACCCUUCCCCGUUCGCAUCGCCACCGAGCACGGAGAACUCGAGUGACCGGCGGGAGGAGCGCACGCUUGACAGCAGGGUUCACGAACGCGCGCCGGCGGCAGCGCGCAUUUCGGUUCAAGCAGCGCCUUGCACACGCACGGGUGAACGAUGGAGUCGCAGCAGGCGAACAUAUUGGGCGGCACGGCUGCGGAAGGAGUGCCGUGGUUACCGCUGCGCGACAGCAGGACCGAAGGGUGGCCGCUGACCGGCAGCCCGCUGCCGGUCGCCAUCAUUACGGCCGCGUACGUCUACUUCGUCAAGGUCGCUGGACCCCGGUGGAUGUCGAGGCGCAAGCCUUACGACCUGCGGGGCUGCAUCCUCGUCUACAACCUGCUGGCCGCGCUGUUCAGCGCGUUCUUCGUGGUGCGCUUCGCCAAGCUCGCCUACUGGGACCGCGGCUACUCGUUCCUCAUGGGCCUGGACCUCAGCAACGAUCCAGCCAGCGUGGAGAUCGUCCGCCUCUCCUGGUGGCUGUACAUGUUCAAGCUGUCCGAGCUGACCAGCACCGUGUUCUACGUGUUGCGGCGCAAGUACGACCAGGUAACCACGCUGCACGUGGUGCACCACGUGAUCGUCGCCUGGAACGUCUGGAUCAACGUCACCUACGCGGCCCAGUCACACACCAUGUUCGUCGUGUGCAUCAACGGCUUCGUACACGUCCUCUCGUACCUGUACUACUUCCUGUCCGCACUCGGGCCGGCGUUUAAGAAGUGGCUCUGGUGGAAGCGCUACCUCACCAUGGUGCAGAUAGUACAGUUUGUGCUGUACUUUGUGCACGCCGUGGGGCUGAUUUUUGCCACGGGAAACUACGUGCCCCUAUUCGUGUGGCUCGAGUUUGGCCAGGCCGUGCUGUUCUUCUCGUUGUUCGUACUGUUCUACGUGAACUUGUAUGCCAAGGACAAAGGGGGACCGUGCGGCCCUGUCAGAGCGGACUAGACAAACGCUUCGACAAAGGCUCGGCUGGCUUGAGGAAACAUAUCAAGCACGAGCCGUGACGUGUGGUGAGAACUGAGUGUCAUUUGGGCCUCUCGUCUUUCAAGAGACCCGCGAGCAUGAGUGCGACGAAUAAACACCGCAGGUCGGGUUUCCUGGAUAGGGUAUGGCCUUAUAUGCAUAACACAUGAUUUCCUUCAUUGCGGCGUGCAUACAAGUCGCUCUGUUCAAUGUGAGUGUUAAUCCCUUCCAAGGCGGCAUACAAAGGACUGCGACAUUAUACGGCAACGUGUGAAAUUGAAGGGACUGCACUGAUGUUCCGUGACGCCCUGCACAGUGGUGCUAGUUUUUCCUUUUACCAUCUUAAAUAUAUCUUGACAGUCAGAAUGCUGUAAUGUCGUUUACUUAUCAGCGUGCCUUUUCAUACUACUGAUGCGAGAUGUCUGUGAUAGCACUGGGAACGUGCUAGUGCAAAUGCGCAUUUCAUAUGUGAUUGCAUCAGACUUUGACAAUCAUUGUCGAGUCGAUUCGCAGAUAACUUCUGACGAAGUGCAGCUAUAGCCUUUGUAUACGUUACCACUGAUAUGAAAACAAGUUUUGGGAGUAUGAACAAACUCAGAGACUUUUACAAGACUGUUGAAGUGGAUUAUCAAGGGAAUGACAAUAAAUAUGCAUAUGAUAAAUGA